AUGGGCUGCGUCGAGAGCAAGGCGACGGAGGUCUCAAUCGUCUGCAAUGCUCUCGCCGAGGCUGGCGUGAGCCACGUCUAUGGCGGUCACGGUGGCGCCGUAGUGCCACUAGUCAAUGCCGUCUGCAGCCACAAGAGCCUCACCUGGGUGUGCACCCGCAACGAGGCCAACGCAUCGCUCAUGGCCGCCGCGGCGGGAAAGCUGAGCAACGGCAAGGCGCUCGGCUGCUGUCUCUCUACGUCGGGCCCCGCAGUCUCCAAUCUGGUCACGGGCCUCCUCGAUGCGCAGCUGGACCGAGUGCCUGUCAUCGCCCUCACCGGCUGCAAGCCCCGCAGUGAUCAGGGCCACUCCGAGUUCCAGGACAUUGACCAGGCACGGCUACUCGCGGCGGGAGGCCUCGCCUAUUCGAUCACGAUCGCCGACCCAACGCAACUUCUCUCGGUAAUCCGUGAUGCCAUCGCCAUCGCCUUCACGAAGCGCGCCGCCGUGCACAUCGCCAUCCCCGUCGACAUCCAGGUCGCUACCGUGGCGUCGCCGCCGGCGCGCGUCCUCUCAUGCAGCCCUGAGACCCUCCUGCAGCGCGUCAAGGCUGGACCGCCCUCGGACGCGUCGCUCCAACGGCUGGCGGCGCUGCUCACCGCAGAGGGCGAGCGCAUCUGCUUCGCAAUCGGCUGCGAGGCGCGCGAUGCCGGUCCUGAAAUCCUCGCGCUCGCACACCGGCUCAACGCGCCCAUCGUCACACGCAGUCUGAGCGCCGUCGACGAGGACGAUUACCACGCUAUGGGUGUCAUCGGCGUGCACGGCAAGCCGGGUAUGAGGGGCACGGCCGCCGUGCUUGAGAAGACGACGCUCGUCGUAGCCUUCGCCGUCAGCGAGCUCUCGGUGCUCCUGUGCAAUUUGCAUGGCCUGCAGGUGCGCAAGCUCGUCGAGGUGACCACCGACUCCUUUGGCCUGGCCAUGCAUUUCGAGGCGGAGCUCUCAGUGACCGCAGACGUGGCCACCGCGAUGGCUCUCGAGACGAACGCCAAUCGCGUGAUCAAGGCUCUCCGCGCACGAGUUGCACGCAAGGCUGGUCUCUCUACAGACGUGGCUGCGCCGCGCCAACCGGCGCCGACGCUCAGAGCGCCCACCGCGAUGCUCAAGACCGUCGCGCGUUCGAGCUACUGCCACCAGGCGCAACUGCUCGCUCGGCUCGGCCCGCGGCUGGGCGCCAACGAUGUCGUGUGCGUCGACACGGGCGACAUCACGCUGUGGACGUCGCUCUCCUUGCGGCUGCGUCGCGGCUCAGUCGUGCUCUCCUCGGAGCGUCUCGGCACGAUGGGCUACGCACUCUGUGCCGGCAUCGUCGCCUCGGCGCAACGCGGCCCCAGCGCAACGGGCAUCGUCAUCGCCGGCGACGGUGGCUUCCAGAUGACGCUCAAUGAGCUCGGAACGGCCAUCCAGAUGAACUCGCGCCUGGUGAUCAUCGUCAUCGACAACAAGGUCCUCGGCCGGGUUGAGUUCGGCUUCAACAACGCCCAGGGCUGCGCCCUUGCCGGUCCCGACUAUCUUGCCCUCGCGCGUGCCUACGGUGCCGACGGCAUUCAGCUCACCGACGAUUCGCAGAUCGACGCAGCGCUCGACGCAGCCUUCGCGGCGAGCGGCGUCUUCAUGCUCCACGUCGUCUCGGACCCAGAUGUGAAGGCGGAGAUGGCGACGUACAAGCCACGGGGCAUCGUCAAGGUCGACUCUGCGUGA